CGCUGCUGUCCCUGUAUAUACAUACUUACCAAUAUUGGCAUAUGGCAUGGUUCGCAAGGCGUUUGGGGAUUGCGAAUUAAAUAUACAUACCUAUAUACAUACAUAUGGACCUUAUCCAAAUGCUUCUUCGAAGUGACUCCUCACCUAUGAAGUAUUCGUAUUCAUGUAAGUGGAUCGUAAAGGGACAAGCUUAUAAGGCUAUCCACUUGGUCAGCAAAUCAUCCACGGCGUGGUGGCAGAGUGGUCUAAUGCGCAAGACUAGAAAUCUUGUUCCUUCGGGAGCGUCUGUUCGAAUCAGGCCCACGUCGCAACAAUUUCCUUUUUGCAUGUUUGAUUAUUUUGUAUCUUAAUAUUCGUUUAAACGAAAACGGAAUUCUUGACGUUUAGCCAUAAUUAACUGCCAGUCGAUAUAAGACCGGAGUUGUACAUUGUCGACAUUGUAGAAGUAUAAUUCGACCGACAGAGU